GGGAACUUCCAGUUCUGGCUCCCUCCUGGGGGGAGAGCGGCGCGGAGGAGCGCUCUGCGAUCUUCCCGGGUCGGAGCAGCCGCCGCCAGAAGACAAAAAGGAUUCCAAUCAGAGCCUUCUGGACAACUGAGAAUCACAAGCAGCAUUAAAAAAGAAAGCAAACCAAGCCAGCAAUCAAAUCUUCAACUUUCUCCAGAGAACUCCAAAACUCUUCUUCCCCAGCCGGUUACGCUAGCCUCACCCUGUGAGGAAGGAAACAGUCACUUGAAUCAAAGCACCACCAAAAGAGGGAUCAGAAAUAGUUUUGAUCUCCGCGAGAAUCCAAGAAUAUUAGUGGUGGAAAACCCCCACAGAGGUGUAUUUUUUGGGAAAAGCACAGAUCAGAGACCACAGCUGAUAAUGCAAGAGAGGGCCCACACUAGCGAGAAGCCCUACCAGUGUUCUCAAAGCAGCAAAAGCUUUAGCAACCACACCACCCUGGUCAAUCACAAGGGUUCUCACACCAGGGAGAAACCAUAUGAGUGUACAGAUUGUGGGAAAAGUUUCUGUUUGAAGUCCAACAUGAUGAUGCAUCAGAGGACUCACUCAGGAGAGAAACUGUUUGAAUGUCCUGUUUGUGAGAAAAGUUUCAGUUGGAAUUCCCACCUGGUGAGACAUCAGAGGACUCACACAGGAGAGAAACCAUAUGAGUGUCUGGACUGUGGGAAACGUUUCAGUCAGAAAUCCCAACUGCUGAGACACCAGAGGACUCACACAGGAGAGAAACCAUAUGAGUGUCUGGAUUGUGGGAAAAGUUUCAGUCAGAAAUCCCAACUGCUGAGACACCAGAGGACGCACACAGGAGAAAAACUGUAUAAGUGUAUGGAUUGUGGGAAACGUUUCAGUCAGAAAUCCCAACUGCUAAGACACCAGAGAACUCACACGGGAGAGAAACCAUAUGAGUGUCCAGAUUGUGGGAAAAUUUUCAGUUUGAAGUCCAACCUCAUGAUACACCAGAGGACUCACACGGGAGAGAAACCAUAUGAGUGUCCUGAUUGUGGAAAACGUUUCAGUGAGAAUUCCAGCCUAUCAAAACAUCAGAGGACUCACACAGGAGAGAAACCAUAUGAGUGUCCGGAUUGUGGGAAAAUUUUCAGUUUAAAGUCCAGCCUCGUGAUACACCACAGGACUCACACAGGAGAGAAACCGUAUGAAUGUCUGGAUUGUGGGAAAAGUUUCAGUUGGAAGUCUGACCUGGUGAAACACGAGAGGAUUCACACAGGAGAGAAACCGUAUGAGUGUCCAGAUUGUGGGAAAAGUUUCAGUACUAGGUCUAUCCUUAUAAAUCAUGUAGGUUUACACACAGGGGAGAAACCAUUUAAAUGCCUAGACUGCGGACAGUGCUUUAGGCAAAGUGCCUCCCUUAGCAGACACAAGAAAAUCCACAUGAGGCAGAAGGUAUUGAGUUUAGAGAAGGCUUCACCAAACAAGGGAUCAGAGAGUUUUGAUCUCCUCGAGAAUCCAAGAAUAUCAAUGGUGGAAAAGCCCCACAGAGGUGUGUAUUGUGGAAAAAGCACAGAUUACAGAUCACAGGUGAUUAUGCAAGAGAGAGCCCACACCAGCGAGAAGCCCUACCAGUGUUCUUAAUGUGGCAAAAGCUUUAGCAAGCACACCAACCUGCUGAAUCACAAGAGGACUCACACUGGGGAGAAACCGUAUGAGUGUCCAGAGUGUGGGAAGAGUUUCAGUCAGAAUUCCGGCCUGGUGAUGCACCAGAGGACUCACACAGGAGAGAAACUUAUGAGUGUCCGGACUGUGGAAACGUUUUCAGUCAGAAUUCCCACCUGGUGAUACCCCAGAAGAUUCACACCAGAGAAAAACCCGUAUGAGUGUCGUGAUUGUGGGAAAAGUUUCUGUCAGAAUUACAGCCUGGUGAUACACCGGAGGACUCACACAGGAAAGAAACCGUAUGUGUGUCCAGACUGUGGGAAAGUUAUCAGUCAGAAUUCCAUCCUGGUGAUACACCAGUUGACUCAUGGAGAAGAGAAACCAUAUAAGUGUCCGGAUUUUAGGAAAAGUUACAGUUGGAAGUCCAGCCUGAUGAUGCACCAGAGGAUUCGUACAGGAGAGAAAUCAUAUGACUGUCCAGGUUGUGGAAAAAGUUUCAGUACUAGGUCUAUCCUUAUAAAUCAUGUAGGUUUACACACAAAGGAGAAACCAUUGAAAUGCCCAGACUGCAGACUGUGGUUUACGCAAAGUCCUCCCUUAUCAAACAAGAAAAUCCACAUAAGGUAGAAGAUGAUGUGUGUAGAGAAGUCGUGAAUUUCAUUUCUGAACUCCCAUUGAAAGUCCUGCUGAGAAAUUUACUAUUUAAGUUCUGGCCUGAUUCUUUUUAGUCAAACAUUAGACAUGACGGCCAAGGGAAAAAGUGGAAAGUGUUAGUUUGAUAAAGGUAGACUACAGGGAUCUGGCUAUCAGCAGAACUUCCUGGAUAUUUACUUUUGCAUAAAUAGUAUUUUCUUUUUUAAAAAAAUACUUUAAAAGUUUCAAAAUCGAGGGAGAAUACAAAGUGUAUAAAAUGCAGAAAUAUUUAGAAAUACAAAGAAAUUGAGUUCUGACCUUCAAUACAUAUAUGAAUACCAAUAUAUAAUAC